AAACCCGACACCCCAAAGUUGGCCGUCCCAUCCAGCCCCCAACCCACGUCGUAAAGCAAAUAAAGUGCCUGAGCUCUCUCAUGUAGUCAAGUGGGUGCUACCGGCCCGCCCAUCCACUCCCCAUCUUAUUGCCCUUUCCCAUUUUAUUUUUUCACAUUUCCCCUGCCCUGCCCUGGUAUCUUAGUUCGAAAUUUCACCUCUCCCCUAACCAUUAACCAAGUCGAAGCCCGAGACAAUGACACCCAAACUAAAAACAGGGAAUUGAAAGUUCAUAAAGAACUCUUCUUUGCUCACUACUGCCUUCAGGCUUCAACAAAGGACCUUUCUCUUAUUUGCCUCUGCUUUUGCAAUUAAUCAAUGCACCCUUCGCCCCUCUGCUCCGCAAACAACUGAGCGAUGCUAGUCGUUUUCUCCAAGCAUACAUAGGCCUCUGAGAGUGGAAGGUUUCCUUUAGCUGGUUUUGUUUUCUAUAUACGAGACCUUCAAUGGAUCAUAUAUUUGACCAAGUUUUAAAGAAUAUUAAACUAUACCUUGAGGUGUAAACUGGCCUGAUGUGUGGGAAUCUUUGGUUUCGUUGACCAUUCCAGCAACUACAUACCUGAGAUCUCUUCUGGCUCAAGGAGGAACAUUGUGCUUUUUAACUUAAUCGGAUGUUUUGUUUGUGGAGCUGAUGAAAUGGGGUGUUGUGUUUCCACUAGUAGUCGGAGUACUUGCAGUUCCGGGAGCCGUGGGGAGGCAGUUUCUCCUUUGUGUUUCGAGAUUGGAUUUUGUGGGACACAGAGAACUAAGAGAACGUUCUCUGAUCAUGUUAUUACGCUGCAGAAUUUACCCUCAGUACCCAACAGGAUUUUCACAAAUGGGAAGAGCCGAACUUCUUGCAUAUUCACUCAGCAGGGUCGAAAGGGAAUCAACCAGGAUGCCAUGAUUGUAUGGGAAGAUUUCAUGUCUGAAGAUGUGACCUUUUGUGGUGUAUUUGAUGGCCAUGGUCCACAAGGUCAUCUCGUUGCUUGCAAAGUGCGAGAUGCCCUGCCCCUUAAAUUGCUAUCCUCCAUGCAUUCAUAUCACUCGAGGCAAAAUGGGUCCGGAGGAGCAUGUUUGAAGGGGGAUUUGAAGAAAUCGGAUGGCUCUCCUGAGGACAGAUUAAAUUGUUUGUGGAAGGAAACAUUCAUGAAGUCAUACAAAGCCAUGGAUAAAGAGUUGAGAUCCCAUCCUAAUUUGGACUGCUUCUGUAGUGGUAGCACUGCUGUCACUAUAGUGAAACAGGGCAACAACCUUUUCAUGGGAUAUAUCGGGGAUUCUCGAGCGGUUAUGGGAUCGAAGGAUAGCAAUGGUUCAAUGGUAGCAAUCCAAUUGACAGUUGAUCUGAAGCCUGAUUUACCAAGGGAAGCUGAAAGGAUCAAAAAGUGCAAAGGUAGGGUCUUCGCAUUGCAAGAUGAACCCGAAGUACCGAGAGUAUGGUUGCCAUUUGAUGAUGCCCCUGGGCUAGCAAUGGCUCGAGCUUUUGGGGAUUUUUGUUUGAAGGAAUAUGGCGUUAUCUCUAUACCUGAAUUUUCCCACCGGCUUCUUACGGAGAGAGAUCAAUUCAUUGUUCUUGCCUCAGAUGGGGUUUGGGAUGUAUUGAGCAACGAAGAGGUGGUUGAGAUUGUAUCCUUGGCUCCUACCCGGUCAUCCGCUGCCAGGAUUUUGGUGGACUCAGCUGCGCGCGAAUGGAAACUAAAGUAUCCUACUUCAAAAAUGGAUGAUUGUGCGGUGGUUUGCUUAUUUUUGGAUGGGAAAAUGGACACCGAAUCUGAUUACGAGGAACAGGGGUUAUCAUCUGCAACCGUUCAAAGUAAUCAUUCAGGUAAUGCAAUAGAAACUGAUGAUGGGCAGAAGUCGGAGCUAUACUUGCCGAGGAAUUUCACGGUUAGGUCAUCUGAAGAAAGUGACAGUUACGGGAGAUUAGCAGCAGAGUUUGAAGGAAAUGUGGAUGCAGUCUCGACAGAGGAUCAAAACUGGUCAGGUCUGGAAGGUGUGACACGAGUGAACUCACUUGUCCAGCUUCCAAGAUUUUCCGAGGAAAGACCAAACCCUUAACUUUUGGGUAUUGUCUAGAAAAGAAACUGAACUGUUUUGCUGUAAUAUCCAAGGAAAAGAAAGUCCUAGUGAAAUGGUGCCUAUUUUGUUGUACAUUUCUGCUAUAAUUAAAGAAAUUUCUCAA